AUGGCAAGUUUUGAUGUUACCAAUUUAUUCACAAAUCUCCCUCUUGUUGAGACCAUUGCAAUCAUCAUUGACUCACUGUUUAACCACAGUACUCACAUAAAUGGCUUAAACAAGCUGCAUUUCAGGAAAUUGCUGGAAUUUGCAACGAAAGACAUAGCGUUCUUCUUUAAUGGAGAAUUGUAUAAACAGAUUGAUGGAGUGGCCAUGGGUAGUCCCCUAGGCCCAACACUUGCAAACAUAUUUAUGUGUUUUCAUGAAAAGAGGUGGCUCACAAACUGCCCACCUGAUUUCAGACCCUCAUAUUAUUAUAGAUAUGUUGACACACUUCUUUUGUUUAAAUCACAGAUACAGGUGCAGAAAUUCCUGCAGUAUAUGAACAGUCAGCAUAAGAAUAUCAAAUUUACUUGUGAAUUAGAGUCCAAUGGUAAACUACCUUUCUUAGAUGUCAGUAUAAGCAGAGAUAAUAAUAGUUUUUCAACUGCAACAUACAAGAAACCGACAUACACAGGCCUCACCACGAAAUUUGAUUCUUUCAUUCCUGUGAAGUACAAAACCAAUUUGAUAAAUACCUUCAUCAACAGAGCAUACAAGAUAUCAAAGUCUUACCUAAUAUUCACCAAGGAAAUAGACUCUAUCACUGACAUUCUAAGAAGGAAUGGUUUUCCAUUGUUUGUCAUUCAGAGGUCCAUCAGACAAACCUUAAACAAUAUCUUUGUGAAAAGAGAACCAGUACAACUUGCCGCCAAAGAUACAAUUUAUAUAAACCUUCCAUACAUAGGCCCUAUGAGUUAUACUAUUAGAAGAAAAUUAGUAAAUCUCAUUAAUGUACACUAUUCAACUGUAAACUUAUGGAUCAUUUCACUUCCACAAACACCAUUGGCCAUUACUUUAAAUUCAAAGACAAAAUUCCCAAUAUUUUAUGUUCAUCUGUUAUGUAUAAAUUCACGUGCAGCAGCUGCAAUGCUGCUUACAUUGGAAAGACUUCUAGGAAUCUUUUCAUCCGUGCAGAUGAACAUAAGGGCAUUUCUUACAGAACGGGAAGACCACUAG